GGUUAUACUCUUCGAUGUCCGACAAACGAGGUCUAGUGCUUGGUGUUUAUUCCACUGACGGCCAGGACGAUGUAAGGUUAACAAAAUUCGCUCAAAAGUACAACGAAUCAACCUCUGGUAAACUGCUGGAACAGAUUAAAAUCUCCACUGUUAUGUUCUAAGAAAAAAAAAACACAAAAUCAAGAUUCAAAUAGAAAAUACUAAAAGCGAAAGCGAGAUCUGAGCGAGGUGGUAUUCCAGUUGAAGGUGAUAUAUAAUAUUUCUGACAAGCAGACGGCAAGCACCAUAAAAAGCAAAAAUUGGCAUCGAAAUGACAACCCGGAGGUUGCUGUCGGACGUACAGUCUUCGUCAUCUAGCGCCGGCGAGCCAAUGUCUGGAAGUGGUGGAGGAGGAGGAGGAGUUGGUGGAGGUGGCGGAGGAGGAGGAGGGAAUUCGAGUGAUUCAUUUAUAUUUUCUUCGGGGAAAAAGAGGACAACAGCGAUGAAUGGAAUCCCCACAAGUAUCGAAGACAAGAGCAAUGAUUUUUUAUGUCCGAUCUGUUUUGACAUUAUCAACGAAGCACACAUCACCAAAUGUGGCCACACGUUUUGUCAUCACUGCAUUAUCAAGUCGAUCGACAUGACCAAGAAGUGCCCCAAAUGUAAUUUUACUCUCACUUCCCAGGAAUUCAUUGUGCCGAAUUACUUGCUCAACGAUUUGAUCACCAAGUUUAAGCUGAAAGGGAAACGAAAUGAUUGCAGCAAUACCGAUUCGGGGGAUACGCUUAAGCACUUUCUGGCAUCCGAGUCGAAAAAACUGUCACUUUCCGAUGUGAAUGUAAUGUUGGAGAUACUGAACCAGAGAAAGAUGUUGCUGGAGGCUGAGUCUUGUGCUGCCCAGAAUCGUUUGUUGCACGAGUUUCUCAAACAGUUGUUACAGCAGAAGGAACGCCAGCAGUCGCAAGUGUUGAACGAGAUUGCGUUGAUAAAAAAUGACCUGGUGGACGUGGAAAAAAUUCUAAAGGAGGUUCAGAGUAAUUGUCCCACGGUUGAGGAAGUCGAGGCUAGCGUGAAAGAUGAAAAAGACGAACACGUGGUAGCAAUCAAAAAUGAAAUAAUUAAAAUAAUUGAUAAGAUCGAUACAAUUACCGUCCCGUCGAAUCGCAGCGAAUCUUUGAUCGAAGGUUUCAAUCUGUACAAAACCGAUCCCAACUCGUCGUCUUUUAUGGCUCGCAAGCAACGGAUGUAUCAACAUUUCGAUGAGUUCGUACAGUGCUACUUCGCAGCGAGAAGCGACGAGCUGUACUUUGGGAAGGAUCGUUCGUUAAGUUCUGGUUCUAUGGAUACAUCAACACCAACGCGUUCGAUCGAUACCACGAAAUCCAGUCGAUCGUUGGAUACGUUUCGGGAAAAUCUGAUCAAAUUUUCCAAAUACAGUGCCCUGCGGCCACUGGCAACGUUAAACUACUCGAGUGAGGCGAACUACGUCUCCACUAUCGUAUCCAGCAUUGAGUUCGAUAAAGACAACGAACUGUUCGCGAUAGCUGGGGUAACAAAACGGAUUAAGAUUUUCGAUUACUAUACAGCGAUCCGAGACGCGGCAGCAGAUAUCAACUAUCCUAUCAACGAGAUGGUUUGCAACAGUAAAAUCUCGUGCGUGAUAUGGAAUAACUACUUUAAGGAGGUCCUCGCCUCAAGCGAUUACGAAGGCAUUGUAUCGAUUUGGGACGUAGGCACAAAAUCCAGAACAAAAGCUUACGAAGAGCAUGACAAGCGAUGCUGGUGCGUUGAUUUCAAUGAAGUUGACACGCGUCUGCUGGCAUCCGGUUCGGAUGAUGCACGAGUCAAACUGUGGUCACUGAACGUGGACCACUCGGUUGCCACCAUCGAAGCACGAGCGAACGUGUGCUGCGUUAAAUUCAACCCAAAGAGCUCUUGCCAUUUGGCGUUUGGUUCGGCAGAUCAUUGCGUCCACUAUUAUGAUCUACGUAAUAUUAAGGAGCCACUAUGUGUUUUCAAGGGUCACAAAAAGGCUGUGUCGUACGUAAAAUUUCUGAACACCACGGAGAUCGUUUCGGCGGGUACCGACGGACAGUUGAAGCUGUGGAAUAUCAACUCGCCGCCGUAUUGUCUCCGGUCAUUUACCGGUCAUAUCAACGAGAAGAAUUUCGCCGGCUUGGCUACCAACAAUGAUUACUUAGCAUGUGGAAGUGAAGAUAAUUCGCUGUGUGUUUACUACAAAGGACUCUCCAAGCAGUUGUUCAACCUUAAAUUCAACAACACCGUUCCACGAUCCAUCACUGAGCAAGAGAGGAGCAAUGACGGGAGUGAGUUUGUUUCGGCGGUUUGCUGGCGAAAACAGAGCAAUAUCAUUAUCGCUGGCAAUAGUGAAGGAAUAAUCAAAAUACUGGAAAUUGUUUAAUUUUAACCAAUCUUUUAACAAAAAGAUAGUGUAAUUGUUCAAGUUUCGUACAGGUUAAUUUGUUGCUCCUUUCUUCCUUCCAAACAAAAAAAAAGAAACACCACACGCAAUUCGCACAUAGAGCCACUCGUAUAAAAUUGAAUUCGAACAUUUUAAACGAUGUUGAUAAGGUGAUAGAUUUAACGAUAGAGAUAAAACGCUUUAUUUUGUUAUAAAUUUUUGAACGUUGGGAGUGAUAGUAAUUACGUUUUAGCAGUAUAUAUGACACAAAUUCCCUCCUCGAAGAGGUCGAACUGAAAACAACAAAUAUCGAUUAAUGUCUCCAACAAUGAGUCGUAGGACUAGUUUGUCGUACCAGAAAUAAAAAAAAAUGACUAUGUAGAUCUAGUUUCUAUAUGGGGUCAAUUGAACCAAACGGCCAACACAUGAAAAAACCCUAGUUAACAGUGAGAGAGCAGAAUGGUGGUUAGUUUGAGGUGAAGCAGAAAAAAAAUGUACGAAUUUAUUUACAAGCUUCGUGCACAACCGUAGUUGUCCUAGAAUGCUAAAAGCGAAUGUAAUAUGAUGUAAUAAUGGUGAACCUCUGUAUCAACCGUAUUUUUCUAUCCUAAGAAAUUUAAUUAUUGUGAUGUCAACGAUAAUAUAAAAACCGACUGCACUAAGAGAGAUAAGAAUAAACAAUAACAGCUCGUAUGUCCAUGUAGAAUGGGAGAUUUCUAUGCACCCUGUUUGUGUUAAUUUUCUAUUAAAGUAUCUUGGCCCCCUUGAAAAUGAUGUUAGUUUUUUUUUUCUAAUUUCCGAUAACCGAUAGUCAUUUUGCAUUCAUCAGGAUGACUUUUGUCAGCCUAGUUGUCUAGCGCUUGUAAAUAGCGUUAUGUCAGUUAAUCCCUCAAUGCUAACAAUUGCGAAUUUACAACAUCUCUAAUGGCGGGUUUACAUUAGGGAGAUCUAUAGCUAUAGAUGGAUUUAUUCACGCGAAAAUAGAUGUAAACGGGUGAGAAUAUAUAUCAUAUACUUCUUCGAGGAAUAUAUAACUACUAUGGAUAGAAUAAAUUCAGACAUAUGUAAAUGCUAAUGAAUUUCUCACUGGAGAGAAAUCACUAAAGUUGGAGGCAGUUCUACUUCAGGUCAAUAAAU